AUGGCUGGUUUGGAUUUAGGAAGUGCAUCGCGCUUUAUGCAAAACCUUCACAGACAAGAGUUGCACCUUCAACAGCAGCAUCACCAGCACCAUCACGAUUCCGAAGAACAAGAAUCGAAUCGUGGUGGUGGUGGGGUUGGUGGUGCGGCACCGUUUUCAUCCAACGAGGAUGAUGACCGAAGCCAAGGCAUGGAGUUAGGUUCGGCUGCGGGUCCAGGUGACGUAGUCGGACGUCGUCCACGUGGCAGACCACCAGGGUCGAAAAACAAGGCAAAACCGCCGGUGAUUAUUACGAGAGAAAGCGCCAACACUCUCCGAGCUCAUAUUCUCGAAGUUGCUAGCGGUUCUGAUGUUUUUGAAUGUGUUACGAACUACGCUCGUCGCCGUCAGCGUGGGAUCUGUGUUUUGAGCGGAACUGGGACGGUUACGAAUGUUAGUCUCAGGCAGCCGGCGGCGGCUGGUGGUGCUGUGACUCUUCAUGGAAGAUUUGAGAUAUUGUCUUUGUCUGGAUCUUUUCUGCCUCCGCCGGCUCCUCCUGGAGCUACUAGUUUGACGAUUUAUCUUGCAGGAGGUCAGGGGCAGGUCGUCGGAGGAAAUGUGGUUGGUGAACUCAUUGCGGCGGGGCCGGUGAUUGUGAUUGCUGCUUCGUUUACUAAUGUGGCUUAUGAGAGGCUUCCUUUGGAUGAAGAGGAACAGCUUCAGAUGCAGCAAGUUGCUGGCGGUGGUGGUUCUCAAGGCUCUGGAAGUGGUGGUGCCGGUGCCGGUGGAGGUGGGAAUACUAGUCCAUUUCCGGACCCAUCUUCUGGUUUGCCGUUUUUCAAUCUCCCUAUGAAUAUGCAGAAUGUUCAGUUGCCUGUUGACGGUGCUGUUUGGGCGGGAAACAACUCAUCUUCACGUCAACCUUUUUGA